AAAGGUUACUAACAAAAUGGCCGAACGCACUGGUGCUACAGUCACAAUGCUGUGAGCAGCUGGACGGAGAGGAUAUGGUUGGACUUUUUUGUGCGCUUCGAGUGUAGUUGCUACUGAAUGGAGUUAUUUUUUAUAACGUUAAAGGACCGUUUGUUACUUAUGGUCGACUUAAAUGAAGCAAUGUGUCCGCUGGUUUUGCCGUGAAAUACUACACUGCAGGCUCCGGGGAUACAAACCGCAGACACAGCUGCUUACAACGGCUGGUACACUACAGGCUUCUACACUCGACUCUAUUAUCGGCUGUGUUGCAUAUGAAGUUAUUAUUACUGUGCUACGGCAGAUAUUUUACUCUUUUCUAUCUAGCAAAUGCCCGUAGUUGCUGAACGUUGAGACAGCAAAGCAGCUCUUCAGGACUGUGGAAAAGGAAGCAUCUCGGAGCGGAGUUAUGGCAUUUUGAAACCUCUGUCAAGACACAACAACAAUAGACGAGGAUGAACAGGAAGAAGGAUAAAGGAUUUGAAAGCCCACGUCCCUUUAAAUUGACCCACCAGGUGGUGUGCAUCAAUAACAUCAACUUCCAGAGGAAGUCUGUCAUUGGCUAUGUUGAGCUGACUAUUUUCCCCACAGUGGUCAACUUGAACAGGAUCAAGCUGAACAGCAAACAGUGCCGCAUCUACAGGGUCCGAGUCAAUGAGCUUGAAGCCCCGUUCAUUUACAAUGACCCCACACUGGAAGUGUGUCACCAUGAGUCCAAGCAGAGGAACCUCAACUAUUUCUCUAGCGCCUACACAGCUGCAGUCAGUGCUGUGGACCCAGAUGCAGGACAUGGAGAGCUGGUCAUCAAAGUUCCAUCUGAGCUCUGGAAACAAGGAGAUGAUCUAAAAGUGUUGAAGGUAUACAUAGAAUUUUCCCUGGACCAGCCAAAAGGGGGUCUCCACUUUGUUGUUCCUGAUGUGGAAGGCAGCAUGGCUGAAAGAGGGGCCCACGUGUUCUCUUUUGGAUAUCAGAACUCUACAAGGUUCUGGUUCCCCUGUGUGGACUCCUACUCAGAGCUAUGCACAUGGAAGUUAGAGUUCACUGUGGAUGCGUCUAUGGUGGCAGUGUCUUGUGGGGAUCUGGUGGAGACCAUCUACACACAUGACAUGAGGAAGAAGACAUUCCACUAUGUCCUUCCCAUCCCGACUGCAGCCCCCAACAUCUCGCUCGCGGUGGGGCCCUUUGAAAUCCUUGUAGACCCCUACAUGCACGAGGUCACCCAUUUCUGCCUGCCGCAGCUGCUCCCUCUGCUCAAACACUCCAUGUCCUACCUACAUGAGAUUUUUGAGUUCUACGAGGAGAUCCUCACCUGCCGCUAUCCUUACGCCUGUUUCAAAACUGUGUUUGUGGAUGAGGCCUAUGUUCAAGUGUCCUCCUAUGCAUCUAUGAGUAUUUUCAGUACCAACAUGCUCCACAGUGCUAUGAUCAUAGACCAGACCCCACAGACUCGCCGUUGUCUGGCUCAGGCCUUGGCUCAGCAGUUCUUUGGCUGUUUCAUCUCCAGGAUGUCAUGGGCUGAUGAGUGGGUGUUGAAGGGAAUCUCGGGAUAUAUCUACGGCCUCUAUCUGAAGAAGACCUUUGGAGUCAAUGAGUACCGGCACUGGAUCAAGGAGGAACUGGACAAGAUUGUGGACUAUGAACUAAAAAUGGGAGGGGUUCUGUUGCAUCCAACUUUCAGCGGAGGCAAAGAGAAAGACAAUCCCACUCCCCACCUUCACUUCUCCAUCAAACACCCCCACACUCUGUCCUGGGAGUACUACAAGAUGUUCCAGUGUAAGGCCCACCUGGUGAUGAGGCUGAUAGAAAACAGGAUCAGCAUGGAGUUCAUGUUACAGGUUUUCAACAAGCUCCUGAGUCUGGCCAGUACCGCCUCAUCACAGAAGUACCAGAGUCACAUGUGGAGCCAGAUGCUUCUGUCCACUCACGCCUUCCUCAAAUCCAUCUCCAAUGUGUCUGGCAAAGACAUAGGCCCCCUCAUUAAACAAUGGGUAGACCAGAGUAGCGUGGUGAAAUUCUUUGGCAGUUUUGCCUUCAACAGGAAGAGGAAUGUACUAGAGCUGGAGAUCCGUCAGGACUACACAUCAUCUGGAACUCAGAAAUAUGUGGGUCCCAUCAAGGUGACAGUCCAGGAGCUGGAUGGGUCCUUCAACCACACACUGCAGAUAGAGGAGAACAGCCUCAAACAUGAUAUUCCCUGCCACUCAAAGAGCAGAAGAAACAAGAAGAAGAAGAUCCCCCUGAUGAAUGGAGAGGAGGUUGACAUGGAUUUAUCUGCAAUGGAUGCUGACUCUCCUCUUCUCUGGAUCCGAAUCGACCCUGACAUGUCCAUUCUGAGGAAGGUGGAGUUUGAGCAGGCGGACUUUAUGUGGCAGUAUCAGCUGCGCUACGAGAGGGACGUGGUUGCACAGGAGGAGGCCAUCUCAGCGCUGGAGAAAUUCCCAACUCCUGCCUCCAGACUGGCUCUGACUGACAUCCUCGAGCAGGAACAGUGUUUCUACAAAGUCCGCAUGCAGGCCUGUUUCUGUUUGGCAAAGAUAGCCAACUCCAUGAUGAGCACAUGGCAAGGUCCACCAGCUAUGAAGUCGCUGUUCACCAGAAUGUUCUGCUGUAAAAGCUGCCCCAACAUCGUCAAGACCAAUAACUUCAUCAACUUCCAGAGCUACUUCCUGCAAAAGACCAUGCCAGUUGCCAUGGCGUUGCUCAGAGAUGUGCAAAACCUCUGUCCUAAAGAUGUCCUCAACUUUAUCCUGGACCUCAUCAAGUACAACGACAACAGGAAAAACAAAUUUUCAGAUAACUACUACCGUGCGGAUCUGAUUGAAGCACUGACUAACUCCUUGACUCCAGCCUUCAGCAUCAACAAUGAGGUCCGGACAGUGGAUAAUUUAAAUGCUGAUGUCCGUCUCAUUUUGGAGGAGAUCACAAGAUGCCUAAAUAUGGAGAAAUUGUUGCCGAGCUUUAGAAACACCAUCACUGUCAGCUGUUUGAGAGCAAUUCGUCAGCUUCAAAAGAAUGGCCAUAUUCCCAGUGACCCGUCACUCUUUAAGUCCUACGCUGAGUACGGACACUUUGUAGAUGUUCGCAUUGCAGCACUGGAAGCUCUGGUGGACUACACAACAGUUGAAAGGAGUUCAGCAGAACUGCAGUGGCUGCUCAACCUGGUCCAGAAUGAUCCAACUCACUAUGUCAGACAUAAGAUCCUGGGUGUGCUGUGUAAGAAUCCACCCUUUACCAAGACAACAGACUCGGCUCUGUGUAAUGAAGCUCUGGUGGACCAGCUCUGGAAACUUAUGAACUCAGGGACCUCCAAUGACUGGCGGCUUCGCUGCGAUGCUGUGAAUCUUUACUACACAUUGUUUGGUCUAACUCGGCCCUCGUGCUUGCCACUGCCAGAACUGGGCCUGGUGCUCAACCUGAAGGAGAAGAAAGCUGUCCUCAACCCCACCAUCAAGCCUGAGCUGGGUGUCAGCACUGUCAUGGACACCCCUGCCAGUAUAGGCAUCCAUGGUGUGGGCAUGAGCUACACAACGGUGGAUGAAGAGCCAGAUCCUAUUUCACUGGGAGUGUGUGGGGUAGGUCAGCCCCCUCAGGGCAUGAAGAGGAAAGCUGAGACCCCACUGGGGUCUCCUCCAGAGCCAGGACAGGUACUGCAGCAACAGGAUGAUGAUGGAAGAGGAGGGCGCUUCAAGAUCAGGUUCAACACUAUGGAAGAUGAAGACAUUGAUAUGGAGACUGUUCAUGACAGUCAGGCCUUCAUUCACCAACAUCUCAAUCUGUUAGAAAGACCUUCUACACCAGGUAAAGAGCCACCGUCGGUUGAACAGUCCCUGCUCUCCAUGCCAGCCACACCGGUGCCAUCCUUCGCUAAGGAGACCACCUCCUCAUCCUCAAAGCACGGAGGUGACCAUGGACACCACCACCACCACCACCAUCACGAACACAAGAAAAAGAAGAAAAAGCACAAGCAUAAACACAAGCACAAGCACAAACAUGAAAGCAAAGACAAGGAGAAGGACAGAGACAGGGACAACUCUCACGCCUACAGCAACAGCCCGGCCAGCGGCAGAUCCCUGCGCUCACCCUCUCUGUCUGACUGAACAUUCUGGAGGGUGGUUCGGUUUCCUGCUGCCGUUGGCUCCAACAGGGCCAUCUGCAUAUAUUUGUCUUACAGUAGAAGGCUUGCAUCCCUGUUCAGAGUUUGUGUCAAUGUUUAAUUGAGCUCAGUAUUGAUUAGUAAGUAGGUUAACAAGCAGUAAGAUGGAUUUGGACAAAACUGCACUUCAGUCAUAAUCUUCACAUAAACAGUGAUUUUUUUCCCCCAGAAACAGAAGUGCAUGUUUGCUUAAAAGGGGAAAAAUGGACUGAACUGAGGCUCCUGUGUCAUUAGGGUAAAUUCUCCAGAGGCAUCUGUGUCAUCAAACCACACACACUCGCAUGUUUGUGGACUUUUAACGCUGCUUCCAGGCCGUGUGAGGCAUGCAACCACAUUCACCUCUCUCCACAGUCAAGUACAGUCUUAACCAAACUCAUACACUUUUCCCCUGAACAGAGACACCACUUUGGUGUGCCUCAUCCCCACAGCUCAAUCCCAACAUUCAGAGAGCGGCUUCUGAGGGGAAACAUGAUGGAUCAUGCUGUGGAUUCUGUAUGGACUAAGCCUUUGGUGUCUUUAACAUCCUGCAAAUCACAUUUCCCAGUUUGCUCACAAAUCAAAGUUAAACAGGGGAAAUUGACUGUAUUGUCGAUUGAAACUCAAGUAAUACUAGUAUUUUGUUUUGUUUUUUUUCUCCAGUAUAUUUGCUUUCCAACUGUUGUCAUUGAUCAAAGAUGCUUUUGUAUCUGCAAAUGUUUUAACUAGACCAAAUCCAGCUCCACAAUGGCAUUUGUGGCUGGGUUUCUCUGGCAAUGUUUCUUAGGUUUGAUUAGGUGGUUUUAAACAAUGAAAAGAAGAUGUAGAAUUCAAUACCCCCAGCUACAAACUGUGAAUCCAAGGGUCAAGAAUGGUUUCCUCAUGUAAUGAGCCAUCUUGUCUUGUCUAAAGACAAUAAAAGACAAAGUGUUGACAUUUAUAUGAAGAUUCUUAAUUAGUAAAUGUUUGCAUUUAUUCCUCCUAAGUGCAUGUGAAUUAUUUAGGGAACCCUUCUCUCCUGCAUAGUAGGAGAUGAAUGAGAUUUCAAACUGCUUACUAAGUGGUAAAAAUAGGAUUUCUACCAGCCUGUUUCUUAUAUUGAACACCAUCAUCUACUGAAAACUGAGGUGAUAUCACUGUACUGUAGUAGAUGCUCCAGUCAUGACAGAAAUGUAGAAGAUAUUCAUUGAAAGAAGAAUUCAUAUUGAUGCAAUGUAACUUAGGAACCUGGGUAUAAUAUUUUCUGUGUUGCAAUUCUUGUUGUUUCUGAAAGAAGUAAAUAUGUUCUUUUUUUUAAAUACUUGUGCAUAAUUAAACACGCCUGAUAUAACGUCA